GAUGAACCAUCACGUUACAUGGAGUUCAACAUACUGAUGGUGCGAUCCAUGGGCGUGCUGGUGAACCGUGGUAUGCUUGGAGUGCUGUUGCCAUGGUCGCUGCUUGCGCUGCUUCUCAGCCAGGGGCUGGCCGGUGUGCUCGACCUGUACGAAAACCACAGUGACAUCGCUGACAUCACUGCUAACCUGCCUGUCACCACCAUUGUCUUCAGCUCUGCCUACCGCCUCUUCUUCUUCACCCUACACCGCGAUCGCUACCAGGCCAUUGUAGACACCGUUGCGGAGCGGUUUGUCGCCUCUUCCGGCAGCAUCAACAUGGCUCCUUGGCUACGACGCUCCAGAAUAAUUUCCAUACUAUACUUCACAUAUGGUUCGUUUGUGGCUUCAACUUGGCAGCUGCACCCACUAAUUUCAGCACAAUUGGCAUCAGCUGAAAUGAGAAAGGAAAGUAAUGCAACUUUUGAAGGCUUACCGAGAGAGCUGUGGGAGUUUCCUUUCAGAGCACAAUACCCAUUUGAUGCAAGGCAGCCAUAUGUGUAUACUGUUGUUUUUCUAUUACAAGGAGCUUGUAUAUUUGUUUGUGGAUGCAUAAUAGUUGUACAGGAUAUGAUGUUUAUUACACUAACAUUACUCAUAUGUGGACAACUUGAAAUACUCAAAGAUAAACUUCGAAAUAUGAGAAGCAUAGCAACUGACCAAAGGCAAAAUGAAGAUAUUGGUUUAGUGGGAAAAGCUCUCGAAAAACAAGUGCAGGAGAGACGUAAAAUGAUCCUGAACUCGAGUACUGACAUAACUAAAAAGGAUGAAAAUUUUAAUGAAGAUCUUGUAACUAAAAAGAUAAAUCUAUUACUUGGUGAAUGUGUAGAGCACCACAAUAUGCUAUUGUCGAUGAUUUCUGAAAUUGAAUUUAUGCACUGGUCUGCAUUCAUGAUCAAUUUCUGUGUCUUACUCAUCAUAUUGAGCUUUGCUGCAUUUGAAGUAACAUCUGGGAUUCCAACUUCUCCAGCAAAAGUGGUGAAUCUUGCAGAAUAUCUACUGGUUUCUAUAUUGCAAAUGUUUCUGCUGUGUGACUGUGGAGAUAAAUUAGUUGAUCAGGAACUCAGUGUAUCUCAGGCUGCAUAUGAAUCAGAAUGGUAUCACUGUUCAGAAAGUGUGAAACGCACUUUACAGAUCAUUGUGCUUCGAACCAGGCAGCCUGAGCAGCUCACGGUUGGAAAAAUAGCUGGACUUAACCUUGAGACUUUUAGUGAUAUGCUGAGCCGAUCUUUUUCAUACUUCACAGUUCUAAGACAAAUACGAGAUGGAUAAUGAAAGAUUUCCAUUUACAACAUUCUUAAGGAGCCACAGACAGAACUCACCCUGACAGGUUGCAAUAGCAGAUCGGCCGACCAGAUUUCGUCUGUGCUACGCUGCAUUUCACUCAGCACUGAAUCAAGCAAAUGUUGCAAAGCGGCAGCAUCAGCGUCUCUGCCAAAUCUUAGAAGCAUUUUGCACAACAUUCCAACAUCAUCUGCAUGGAACAAAAAGGAAUGUGUGUUACUACAACCAUACUUUGAAAUUCCUUAUUGAGAUAGUGUAGAACAAGAACAAAUGCAAUCUCUGCACAGAUACAACUGGAAAUGAACAAAAAAUAAUGUUUUCAACUUGUGUUUCUUGUCAUACAGAGAAAAAAUGCGUAUGUACAAGUCGUCUUAUAUAUGUGAUUACACGCUAUACAAAGUGAAGCUGACAGUUAUAAUUUCCUUAUUUACAAAUGAAGUCAAGCAUCUGUUUCAACAAUUACGUGACCUAUUGUAUUAGUCUUAAGCAUUUAACAGUGCAAUUAACAUAAUUUCUCUUAAGGUCUUGGUAAUAAUGUGAUGAUAUUUGUUUCAAUAAUUGGCUAGUUGAAAUAGUAACAAAAUAAGUUUGAAUCAUAGUAUUUUCAGUUAUUUCUUUGUAUACAACUCAUGAGCACCAGAAUUUGGUUUUCUUUAAUGAAGCUCUUGUAUAGGAACAGAAUCUGAGAAAUGUGUGUUAAAUGUGCCUUUUUAUUUUGUUACAAGAAAUUACAUUUGAUUUUAUCCAUCACAUCCAGCUUUAAGACAUAAAAAGCAUUUAUGUUUUAUGGUGUUUACUAAAUCCAACACAGAUACAGCAGCAAUAUCAAGAUAUGAAGCAGAGUAUAUCAGAAAACUGUUCAGUACUGAGAAAACUGUUGUACUGAAUGAAAUAACACGUAAUCUGUGUUAGAGAAUAAGGUAGUGAUCUUAUUUGCCUGAAUACCACAGAGAUGUUCAUUUCCAAUACCUGAAAAAAUUGACUUCUAUCCUGCAGCCAACAAGUUCAGCAGAUUCCUUAUGACAGCACCACUGAGCACAACAGAAAAAGAACAGAGAAAUGUGGUUGUUAACAGUACAACCAUAUCCUUUACCAAUGUCUGUGAUAUAGGAAAAUAGAAAUUAUCCUGUGUUGUUCUAAUUUUUACCAUUUAUUCUACCCAUAAAUUAAGAUGUAACAGCUAACAUCUACAAGCUAGUACACCAUGUUCUGUUACCGAAAUUAUGCUUCCACCAUCUUGCCUGUUGAUGCUUUAAUAAUACCAGCUCUAAUGCUACAAUACUCUGUACAAAAAAAAAUAGAGUUAUAUCAAAAAAAGAACAAAUAAAAUGCACCUUCAUUUUCAAAUG